GAAAGUUGACCAAUGGCACUUCGCCACCACCGGUACAUUCGCCUGGUUUGUUUACAUCGGCUAUCUGGAUCAGGUGGCAUGGACACGCUAGAAGAUAGUGCAAUUUGCUGAUGAAUUAGAACUGUUUAUUUAAAGAGGAAUGAGUCGUGGAUAUGAGAUUUACUUCAUGAGAACUUGAAAUCCAGUUUGUAUGAGUAAGACGAUAUAACCAAUUUUUUUACAAUGCCGAAACACGUUUCGAGGAACGAUUCGUCCCCCGGCCCUCUUGGAGUUAAAAGUUUAGUCAUUUUCACUGUGUUAUUAUUAGCAUGGAUGGCUGGAUUUCUUUCCCGCUUAUUUGCCGUAAUUAGAUUUGAAAGCAUCAUCCAUGAAUUUGAUCCAUGGUUCAACUACAGAUCAACUGCUCACAUGGUCCAGCAUGGCUUCUACAAUUUCCUUAACUGGUUUGAUGAACGUGCUUGGUACCCACUGGGGCGUAUCGUUGGAGGAACAGUCUACCCUGGACUCAUGGUCACAUCAGGCUCAAUACACUACGUCCUAAGCCUUCUGAACAUCCCUGUUCAUAUCCGUGAUAUUUGUGUAUUUCUUGCACCCAUAUUCAGCGGCCUUACUGCUAUAUCUACAUACUUGUUAACAAAAGAGAUCUGGUCAACGGGUGCUGGUCUUUUUGCUGCUUGUUUCAUUGCUGUUGUUCCUGGCUACAUCAGUCGCUCUGUUGCUGGCAGCUAUGACAAUGAAGGCAUUGCCAUUUUUGCACUUAUGUUCACUUUCUACUUGUGGGUGAAGUCGGUAAAAACUGGCAGUCUGUUCUGGAGCUGCCUCACCUCACUCUCAUACUUCUACAUGGUGAGUGCCUGGGGUGGGUAUGUGUACAUCAUCAACCUGAUCCCUCUGCAUGUGCUCGUGCUACUCAUCAUGGGCCGUUUCAGUUCUCGACUCUACACUGCAUACUCCAGCUUCUUCAUUCUUGGGCUGGUCUGCUCCAUGCAGAUCCCAUUUGUGGGUUUCCAACCCAUUAGAACGUCCGAGCACAUGGCUGCCGCAGGCGUGUUUGUCUUGAUAAACGCGGUGGCAGUACUGCAGCACAUUCAGUCGCGCAUGAGCAAGAGUGAUUUCCGCUCAGUGUUUUAUGCGGCCUGCGCUAUAGCUGCUGGCGUGGUGUUCCUGGCCGUUGUGCUGCUCACUUACUUUGGUUUCAUUGCUCCAUGGAGUGGCAGAUUCUACUCGCUAUGGGACACGGGCUACGCCAAGAUCCACAUCCCCAUCAUCGCGUCCGUGUCAGAGCAUCAGCCCACCACGUGGUUCAGUUUCUUCUUCGACUUGCACAUCCUGAUAGCGACGUUCCCUGCAGGCCUUUGGUACUGCAUCAAGCACGUCACCGACGAGCGAGUCUUCAUCGUGCUGUUUGCCGUGAGUGCCGUGUACUUCGCUGGGGUGAUGGUGCGCCUCAUGCUCACUCUCACGCCCGUCGUUUGUGUGCUUUCGGGCGUUGCCUUCUCCAAGCUCUUUGAAGUCUACCUGAAGGACGAGGCUCCACAACGUUCAAAUUUAGAGUCAAGUGAAGAUGAAGAAGAGCGGACCAACAAGUAUGACAAAGCAGGGAAGCUGCGCAAGAUGAAGCACGAACAAACAGCCAAUAGUGAAAGUUUAGGCAGCAACAUCCGCACUCUGGUCAUCCUAGCGGUGCUAAUGAUGCUCAUGAUGUUCACCGUGCACUGUACAUGGGUCACCAGCAAUGCUUACUCCUCGCCUUCCAUCGUGCUUGCCUCCUAUGGCCAGGACGGCUCCAGACAGAUUUUGGACGACUUCAGAGAGGCUUACUAUUGGCUCUCACAGAACACACCUGAGCAGGCGCGCGUCAUGUCCUGGUGGGACUAUGGAUACCAGAUAGCGGGUAUGGCAAAUCGCACAACUUUAGUUGACAACAACACUUGGAACAACUCUCACAUCGCCCUCGUGGGCAAGGCCAUGUCGUCCAACGAGUCUGCCGCCUAUGAGAUCAUGACAGCGCUCGACGUGGACUACGUACUCGUCAUCUUUGGUGGCGUCAUCGGCUACUCGGGCGACGACAUCAACAAGUUCCUGUGGAUGGUUAGAAUCGCUGAGGGAGAGCACCCCAAGGACAUCAGGGAAUCAGACUACUUCACUGAGCGUGGCGAGUUUCGUGUCGACUCUGAGGGUUCACCAACUCUUCUCAACUGCCUCAUGUAUAAACUUUCCUACUACAGAUUUGGCGAACUGAAGCUUGACUUCCGUUCGGCGGCCGGAUUUGACCGAACAAGGAACGCGGUCAUAGGCAACAAAGACAUCAGCCUGACUUACUUGGACGAGGCCUACACCACUGAACACUGGCUUGUGCGCAUCUACAGAGUGAAGAAGCCAGACGAAUUCAACAGACCGCAGUUGCCUUCUCUUGCCAAAAAGCGCAAAAUAAAAUCUUCCAAGAAAGACUUGGAGCGAGACAUCAACAGAAAAAAGCGUGGAGCCAUCAGAAACCGUCCCGUGGUCGUCAAAGGGCAGCGUCCUAAAACCAAGGCCACUUAGUACAUCCCAGGGAUGACUCUAGGAUCUCUUUUAUUAUUUUGCCAGGACAUUGCCUUUUGUACGGUGCAUCCUUGGGUUGUUUUCCUUAUAGCCCGUGCACCUCAACUUGAAAUGAGCCUCAUGUGUACAAGCGUGACUCAGGAAAAGAAAGCCUGAAUGCAGCCAAUACAUUGCCCUUCAAGACCUCGAAGAAUUUAACGCUGUCGAUUAAUAAUGAUAUAUAUUCCCGGAUGUUUUUUCAAAGUUUCUAGGUUUGCCUUAUAUCUUUAUUCAAUUUUCUGGUUUUCAGUAAAAAGUUUGCUAAAUUAGUGAAUCACUUCGAGCGUAGCGUGGAUUUCUCUUCGUCGUGGCAUGCAGACCUCAACGAAAGUUUUUUACAGCAGAUCCUGCAGGUUACCCUGUGAGGUCUUCAUUGAGUUCAUCAUUUAAGCCUUAAUUGCAUGUGGCAUUUUCCCGUUUGUACAUUUUCGACUCGGUUGAAUUUGAAACGGUUUGAUCGAAUUGAGCUUGGGUUUUACUUUCGUUUUGCUUCUUGCUACUGAUACUCUAUAACAUGUGAAUUUUCAAGUCAUUCCUCAUGUGGAAGCACUGAGUUUCCUUCUGAAUUUUCUUGUGUGUAAUGAGGCGUGUUUACUAUUUUAUUGUGACUGCAAUUUUUAGAAGUAAUCUUAUAUCUUUCUAAGUUUUUGUGCACUCUGUUGGCUUUUUGUUCUGAUAAAUAUUAAAUAUGUAUCAAGAUAAACGCAGUGUGAUGCGUACCCCCGUCCUACCAUUGGAAGCUAACGCAGCUCCGGCUGUUGUUUCUGUACCGUUGCUCAGAUCUUCCAUCGAUAUGCUGUAAUUUGAUCUAGAUGGAGCAGGAAGAAUCUAAAAUUGUCAUGGAUUACUCGAGUUGUGAUCACCCUUACUCAUCUUUCGAAUUCAUCACUUGCUGUACUGUUGAGCCCGUGGGUGAUAUUCAUGCGAACUUCAUCUUACUUAACUUGGAAUGAUUCUCGCUGAUAUGAAUCAUUGGUUCGAAAAAAUGUUGCUCUCAUAAGUUUUUCAUAAUAACUUGUUUUUAUUGUUGAAUUUUUCGCUCGUAUGCUUCGGUUUUCUUUUCCUCAUCCAAAAGUUGAUUUCGGUUUUCUUUUCCUCAUCCAAAAGUGGAUAAAAUUAUGCGCUUCAUGUUGUGCGUUCCACAAAGGACAUGAGUUGUUCUGUAAAAGUUUUAUAUGCAAGUGCUGGCUGGAGUUCCCUGUAUUGUUGCUGUGGACCCAAUACGUGACCAAAGCUUCAAGUUUGUUGUCUUAUUUCAUUCAUAAUCUGAGAAUGAUUUUGUAGUUUCUUUUUGUUAUUGUUUAUUUUUGGUUACUGGGGCGCUGAAUUGUCCAUCUGAUAAAAAACUUAGAUUCGUCAGGAGAUAUGUUGUUGAUCA